UGACAACACAAUAUUUAUAACCAAAACAUAUUUAGUAUUAUACAAAAUGGUUAAAGGCGUUAAACAGAUUUUAUCCCCUGAGGAAAAGCGACAGCAUCAAAUCCACAUCCACAGAAAAUUCAGAGCCCUUGUAAGCCUCAUCCUCUUCCAUAGAAGCUGGAUAGAUGACUCAGAUUCUGGCGAUAUUGGGGACAAUGUCAUGCAAAAUAUUCAAAGAAUGUUGGUAGGCAAAACCAAGAAGCAAACUUUAAGUUUGAUUGCCAAAAGGCACAAAGCCACAAUGUUAAAAACAACUGAAAACAGAACAGAAGAAGAAAUACAAGAAUUAAAAAGGAUACUGCCCACGAACAAGUUCUUUAAGAAGUACGAUGAUGAGACUUUGGAGGAGCUGGCCAGGGUAUUGGAGUUUCAGUUUUUUCCUACAGGGAGAACGAUUUACGCUCAAGAUGAUCCCCCUUCAGCUAUUUACGUGGUGCUCAACGGCGAAUCCAGGGGACUCUACCGAUACUUCGACUACCUAAAACACAGCACAAAUGUAGCAGCCUUUGGUCACAUGCAUUCUGGAUACGCAAUAGGCAUAGUUAACGUGAUGUCGAACGUGCCGAGAAGUUUGACAGCUACAACCACAACACCAUGCGAACUGUUCUAUCUGAGUAAACCCAAUUUCGAUAGGCUUCUGAAGAAGAGUUUUAGAAACACUUAUCAGAAGAUGGCCAUGAACUAUAAUAGGUUUAAGUAUAUUAGAUACUGGAAUUCGGAUACUAAGAGGGUUUGCUCAAUUUUGGCAAAAUGGAAGUCUUUUCCAGCAAAUACAGUUAUACUCUCGCCCACCCAUCCCCUUAAAGAAUACACAUUUUUUGUUAUCAGUGGAGUUUGCUACUUGAUGGAUCAAGUUAACACAUUGGCGCCUAAAAAACACAAAAACAAAAAAGCAUCCACCGCAAGUCAAAGCAGUCAAAAAAGUAGGGAUAUAAUAGAUGCCAGAGCUAGAGAAACACUCCACAAAGAAAUGAAAAAUAUGGAUCCUGCACAAAGAGCUACCGAAAUAAUAAAUAGAGCUCUGGCAGCCCUCGCAGCCCUAUCAAAAGAACCUGAUGAAGAAAACAGCGAAACAAAACGACCCUCUUUUCAGGAAAGCCACAAAGGCAUUCAUUUCGUUAAUGUUUGCGAAUACAGACCUUUAAGUUGCUUUAAUAUUGGAGAAAAUUUGUUCGAUAGACUUGUGGUAACAAAAACAAAAACGCAUCUCCUGUUGAUACCGCAACUAUGGCUUCAACAUCAAAAUACUAACAACGCUUGGAGCAUACUCAUAGGAUAUUUAAACAGAAGUAUACCAAACAAAGAGAAGGUGCAAACAGAUUUUCUACAGGAAAAAAUAUGGAAUAAAUACAAACAAAAACUGGUGAGAAAAAUAAUGGAUAACUAUAUCAUAACGAAUGAUAAUAAUCAACAUAAUAUUCCAUAUUCGACACGUUUAAGUUCGCCGGAAUAUUUCCAAAGAUUUCAAUGAUAUUUAUGUAUUACGUUUCAAAAUCUAGCGUUUCAUGCACUAAAAAUAAGUAUCUAAAAGAGGCAAUCAAUAAAAAAAUAAUCAACC